AUGUCGACCUCGCGACUACCCAGAAUUGCUGCUCUCCGCAAGCACCAGCUUCUUUUGGAAUUCUCAAGUCUAAAGCAUGCGGCCCCUCCUGGCACAUAUGUGAGCAUCGCCCCUAACGACCCUACUCUGUGGAUCGGAGUAAUUUUUGUACGCUCUGUGGGCAAGAAGCUGAUCACGCCGUCGGGUCUCUCUCCAGGUCCCUAUGCCAGCGCCGUCCUCCGCUUUCAGAUUCGUUUCCCUUCCUCAUAUCCCGAUCUCCCGCCUCUUGUCACCUUCGCGACCGAUGUUUUCCAUCCUCUUAUCGUCCCUCUUACCACAUAUACUUUCAGUACCAAUGCGUCCAGCGAAGAUCCAGUGAGCGCGACAGACGAAGAGCGACUACCCCCGGGCGGGUUCAGUCUCCGUCAUGGAUUUCCCCACUGGUUUGGCCGAGCCAGGCGCAACGGUACCAGCUCAAAUGCUUCAUUGGGGCCAGGUAGCGUGCGUGGCUCGACUGCUGAAGGAGAGACAACGGAUGCAGCCAGCAAGGAUGGCUCUGUUCAUAAUAACGUGGACCCCUCUUCGUCGAAACCGCAGUCGGAAGGCGAGGGCGAUGGAACUACCGGCGACAAGAUCGAUACUUCGUCUGUAUCUCAACAUGAGGACAAGGUGCAAUCUGUUCCGGUGUCAGAAUUAUUAGACUACAUUCGCUCUACAUUUGAUGACGAGAUCGUCCUCGACUCUUUACCAUUGGAGGCUGCUGGUAACCCGAGUGCUUGGCAUGCAUGGAAAGCCCAUCGAAAGGACAGCGGCAACUCUAGCCUGGGCUAUAAUGCCAAACGCGGGAGCCCGCAGACGCGACUCCCCGGCGACUGGCACUGGGACGGAAUUUGGGCAAAGCGGGUGCAACACGAGAUUGAGGCUAGUCAUUCGGAUUCGACGCUAUUUGGCAGUGCUGCUUCUCGCGGAGGGACCGAUGAAAUGAUCCGAUUUUCCCGAUUAGACGAUGCCACAUUGACAACAGUCAAGAAUAUGAUCGUUCCAGUAGUGGAGGAGGCACAUGAUGCCUUGUAUUUCCAAGCCAACAUGUCUAAAGCCGUGUAUAAUAAGUACAAGACAUCGAUCAUUGUGCUUGCUCUGGUCCUUGUUCCGAUUGUUGUCAUUGGGUGCGCCUUCGCCGCUGCUCUGGCCUGCUCGGAAUUCUGGAGUUCCGACCGUCCUGCUGGCUGCACAUCUUGGGUCAAAUCGCAUGUGAGACGCCGCAGAAGACGCUCUGAUCCUUCGCCUCCCCCAUCACCUGUGUCUACUGGCUCCUCUCAAGUCUCUUCUGUUUACGACGACCCCGUUCGGAGCACGGAGACUGUUUGA